AUGUUUAAAGGUGACCUGUGGACUUUUCUUCAAACACACUUAUGUUUACACAUGGUCAACUACAGCUAACACGCACUUCAUCUUUGCACCACCUUGCAUUUCUCAGCCUUUGUGCCCAUGCUAGUUGAACAUGAGAUGCAAACAAAACGGGGACCUGUGCAUGAAGACAUCUCUCCAUAGCACCACCACUGGUCAGACGGUCCACAGAGUACCAUUACACUAAGUCGGUUCUGGGUUGGUUGCAGCAGUUUCACUCUCCCCACAGGUCACAUCUAAGUGUAACAGGAAAUGAAAUUAAAAUACAAGAGUCACUCAAGAUGCAUUUUGUAAACAUUUUUGGUGCCAGCUUUGAGCUGCAGUCUGUUGCACACAGUCUGCACAGAUUAGACAAUGAAGUCAUUUGUCAUCAUUUGGACGGAGGUUUGUUUUUCUUCCUACAAAUCUAUUUUGCUGGUUGUUUGGGUGUAGUAGCUGUUGUAGUGAGUGGGUAAAAACAAAACUGGUUUGCAGCCCUGUUGAAACCCACACUGAACCUAUCACCACUGACUGGAUCCCAUUACUGAUUAAUGUGCUUCUAUAGCAAGAGGGGACUUUGCACAUGAACACACACUCUAAGUGUGAGCUGCUGGUGUUUUGUGUGUGUGUGUGUGUGUGUGUGUGUGUGUGUGUGUGUGUGUGUUUGAUGGCAGCUGAUCGGCCCGACCUCUCCUCUGUGAGGAAGACUGUAGCCCCAUUUUCAGCCACAGUUUGUCUGGUUAAACCUCUCUGGUGGUGCUCAGGCUGUGACUUUGUGAAUUUGAACUUCAGUGUGUGCAGUGGAGCUGGAUGAUGUGCAUCUCUGUGGGUUAUCAGUAUUAGUUGAUCAGUGCCACUGAAGUGUGAUCUGGGGUUUUUGCACUACUUACAGGGUUGUCCAACAUGCAGAGUAUUGUCUUUUAUUUUAAUACUGUUGUUGUUUUAGCAUAUAACUGGUAACAUUUCACACGUGGAAGGGAGAAAUGUUAGCUGAGACUUGGACAGUGACCAGAUUAAGGCAACAAAUGCAGUGUUGACCUGGUUCACAGUUACGUGAUUUUCCUGAUAAGUUCACAUGAUUUGUUUGAUCGUUACGUUGAGCCACUACCAAGACGAGUGUCAGUGUCGACCUUUAUUCAUAUCAUGUACAUAUAUGAUUUUCGGCAGGUGCACUUUGGCCAUCAUACUCCAACUGCACCAUAGCGCCAUCAGCUGGUGCUCUAGCCACCUGCACGGCGCCCUGUAUGUAAUGUCUCAGCAGCUCUGGCCUGACCCUGGUUGUAAUCAGUCAGUUCAUCAGAUUUUAUUUGUAUGACCGUUUUCCUCCGAGCGCUUUACAGACGACUCACAAGUUUAAUAGCAAAACAGAAAAAAUGUGAUGUCAGGCUUUAUAAAUGAUGAAAUGUAGGCAAUCUAAAAAAAGAGAAAUAUAAUGAAACCUAGUUUAAAGCCAAGUCUAUAUAAAAAUAGGCUUCUACCUAGUGCAGUUCCACAAGUGGUCUAUUGCCUUCCUGCCUUCUGAAGAUGCAACUCAAGGGAGCAGUGAAUUUUACUGCCCUGACAGGAGUUGUGUCCCACUGCUGUUUGUUUAGACAGGUGUGUCAACACACUCCAAGCUAGGUGUGGAAAGCUAAAUGGUUAGCCAACUGUCCAUUUUUUAAGUUUACUUUGUAGGUAAAGGUUCACGCUAGCUAAUGGUUUGUCUUGGCAGCUGUGGGUCAGGUUCACACUAGCUGGUGGUUUAGUUAUGCAGCUAAAAUGUCUCUGGCAGAUUACAGUUGGAUUAGCUUCAGUUAAGUAGCUAAACGUUUGGUUCUGGUUAGCUAACGGUUGGUGUGUUCAGUCAGCAAACAACUACCAACUGUCUCUUAAACGAAUAAUAAAUUCUAAGCAACUGUUUCGACAUUUCAUCACAGAUUUUUCACAAAUUUUGAAAUUCCAAAAAGCACAAGCUAACAUCUAAGUGGCAUGUAGCGCCGUGUGAGCAGCUUGGUUUUUGUGCAUUUUGUGUUGUAAUUGAGAUAUUUCCUUAGGUCGUGGGCAGCCUCAGUGAGAAACAGGACAGUUUUACCAAGAACCGUGACAUUAACCCCAGCAGCACAGUUUAGUCGUAGCAUGAGCGAUGUUGCCGGAGUGGAAGCGAAAGUUUUGGUGCCUUCAUCUGGAGUGGUCUCGUGACUGUACUGUGACAUUUGCACAUUUGGUAUCACUUUAACUUCUCUCUGUGCUGUAAAAUGUUGGACAUUUUCUGAUGUUUUAGUUUGGGCAAAAGCUAUGAACAUGACAUUUGUGUAAAGUGGUCCUUGCUGUAAUAUAUUUGCUUCUGUCAUUAGUGCACAGUACCAGUGUUUUACUGACGCAGGUGUGAUGAGCCUGAAGAGGAGCAGGUUUCUCAGCAGAUGUUUUAAUGGUCCUACAAGGCACUAUAGUAGAGUAAGUGUCUGCAUAUUUUGUUUAAUCCCUUGUGGUAAAUGCUCCAAGUCAGAGUCCUCAUAUCGAGCUGAAUAGGUUUUCUAACUCGUUCUCUCAGGUGAUUUCUCAGUGGCCCAGAAUGUUCUCAAUCAAUAUGAUGUUCAGAAAUGUGAAGCUGUGUAUUUCUCAUGUCAUGUUUCUUAAGUCAGAUAUAAUUUGUACUGUUGGAAUAAUAAAGAAGAAGAUGUACCCAACAGUUGUUUUGGUGUUAACAAAUGAUGUACACUAUAAAGUGGUGCAACUACAGAGCUGGCACUAUCAUUUUUUUAACUUUAACAUCCUUUUUUUAAAUUUAUGAUGAUCGUGCUUUGUUUCUCUGUGUCUGCUGAUUUUCCUGUGAUUCCAGUUUCCUCCUGCUGUUUUCUCUCCCCAGGCUACCGGCCAUCUUCUGUUAACAGCUUCUUAGUAACGUCUGUAAUGCAUGUCUUAAAAGGCCGCCUUGAAAUUCCUCUCUGCCCUCCCACCUGCCGUCCCCUCAGCUUUCAUCGCUGCCGUUCCCUGGUCUCCUUCGCUGAUAAACUGCCUCAUGGCCAGCCUUCUGUUAUACAGUGAAGCUCAAGGUGUUCACGUAUGACAACAGUGUUUAUUGAGUCAUAUCUUGUUGGUCUUCUUAUUUGUCCACUCUAGUUUUUCUCAUCUUCACCAAUAGGUUCUGUCUUUUGGGGGUUGGGGGGAAUAAUGCAAUCAGUGAAACAAUCUGGAAGGCAGGGGGUUAUUUGUGAUGGUCUGAAAGGGAGGAGAUCUCAGGGCAGAGGGGAGGUCAGAUAUAAUCCUUCUGGUGCUGCUGAGCCCAUUGGCCUGUGAGAAAGCAGACUUCCAUAAAGGGGAAGAUGGGGUUCCCUUUGUCUUUGGGGAAUGCAAUAUAUACCGACUUAUGAUGCCAAAACGGAGCCACUACCCAAAUCUGCCGCCCGGUUUGGUUUCCCUCUUCAACCAGAAGGGUUUGAAAUCAAACAAAGAGCAAGAUGUCAGAGAAAAAGAUGUCUUCAAGUCGCAAGCAUCAUCUGAAGAGUUUGAUGCUGUCCAUUGCCAAAGGUUUACUGGAGGAGGAGGAGAGGGAGCGAGAGGAGGAGAGGAGCAGGUACAUGUCUGAGAACUGUCCUGCUCUGUCUGUGCCCAGCAGCACGCAGGAGCUGCAGGAGCUGUGCAGGGAGAUCCACCACAAGAUCGAUGUGGUUGAUGAGGAGCGAUACGACCUGGAGAUGAAAGUCAACAAGUCUAACAAGGAGAUUGAAGACCUAAAAAUCAAAGUACAGGACCUGAUGGGCAAAUUCAAGAAGCCCGUCCUGAAGAAAGUGCGUAUGUCCGCUGAUGCCAUGCUGAAAGCUCUGCUGGGGUCCAAGCACACAGUCAACCUGGACCUGAGGGCCAACCUGAAGCAGGUCAAGAAGGAGGUUAAAGAGGAGGAACUGCGCGACGUUGGUGACUGGCGUAAAAACAUCGAGGACAAGUCUGGCAUGGACGGGAGAAAGAAGAUGUUUGAGGCGGAGACUUAAAACGGUGGAUCUGCCAAAAGCAGCAGCUCUUCAUGUCUCCAUUGGCUGUUCUGGACUGACUGAAUCUGUCAUUUAGAUAGCACAAAUUCAUGUUUGCACCACCUUGUAAUUUGCAGAAACCUCCACUGAAUAAACAAGCGACACCUGCUGAAGAGGCCGUCCUGUAGUGUCUGCACGGAGCCGCAAGUGUG